AUGUCAUUUGUUGGUGGUGGUGCUGAAUGUUCAGUCAAUAAUAAUGUUAUUUCCCAAUUUAAUAAACAUGCUCAACAAGAUAGAUCAUUACAACAACAAGCAAGUUCUUCUAAUCAACAGAUUAUGAACAACCAGGGAUUUAAAAAUGAAAAUUUAAUGAAUUUAAGAGAUAGACAGAAUUUAGAUCAAUUUAUGAAUAAUUCCCCUUCUUCUUCUACAAAUAAUUUUCAAUUUCAACCAAUGAGACAUGAAUUAAAUGCUAUUCAACGUCAUUCUCCUCCUUCACAACAACAGCAACAUAACUGGUCUAAUGAAUUUAAAACUUCUCCUCCUCAAAUUAAUGCUGUUCCAAUCACACAAGCAAACUCAUCAAUCACAACUCAUAAUGCAGGCUGGUCCUCAGAAUUUCAUCAAAAUGUAGCUUCACCUCCACCUCAAGCUCAACAAUAUACCACUUCUAGACCAAAUAUGAUGAUGGGCGGUGGUUAUAGACCUAUGAUGGGUAUGUCUAUGAUGGGUGGAAAUAUGAUGCAUCAACUGCAACAACCACAGCAACAACAGCAACAACUGCAAUCUCAAGAACAAAAUGUUGAUUGGGAUAAUCAAUUUAAAGAAAUUGAACAAUUAACUACUGAACAAGAAAAAGUUGAAGAAAUUGCUAAAGAGGAUGUUGAUUCUGAAAUCAUAAUUGAUGAUAAAUAUCAAGCUACUUUUCAAGAAGUUUGGGAUGGAUUAAAUUCAGAAGAAUUAAGUGAAGAUUUUAUUAAUCAACAAUAUGAAGAAUUUAAACAUACUCAAAGAGAUCAGUUCCCGGCAGAUAUGACUCAAUGGGAACGAGAUUUUGCUAAAUAUGUAUCAACAAGAGCUCAUUUUGGUGAUUAUCAAUUUGAAGAACAUACCAAUAAUCAAUUUCUUGAUUUACCUCAAGAUAUGGAUCCUUAUGAAAUUGGAUUACAAUUAAUGGAAAAUGGAGCAAAAUUAUCAGAAGCCGCAUUGGCAUUUGAAGCCGCAAUUCAAAGAAAUGAAAAUCAUAUAAAUGCUUGGUUAAAAUUAGGUGAGGUGCAAACUCAAAAUGAAAAAGAAAUUGCUGGGAUUUCAGCAUUAGAAAAAUGUUUAGAAUUAAAUCCGGAAAAUCCUCAAGCAUUAAUGACUUUAGCGAUUUCUUAUAUUAAUGAAGGUUAUGAUAAUGCUGCAUUUGCUACAUUAGAACGUUGGAUUUCUACAAAAUAUCCUCAAGUUUCUGAUAAAGCCAGACAAGAAAAUCCAUCUAUAACUGAUGAAGAUCGAUUUUCUUUAAAUAAACGUGUCACGGAAUUAUUCCUUAAAGCCGCUCAAUUAUCCCCUAAUCGAGCCAAUAUGGAUGCUGAUGUUCAAAUGGGUUUAGGAGUAUUAUUUUAUGCCAAUGAAGAAUUCGAUAAAACAAUUGAUUGUUUUAAAGCGGCCCUAUCAAUCAGACCCGAUGAUGCAGUAUUAUGGAAUAGAUUAGGUGCUUCAUUAGCCAAUUCAAAUCGAUCGGAAGAAGCCGUGGAUGCAUAUUUUAAAGCAUUACAAUUAAAACCAACAUUUGUGAGAGCAAGAUAUAAUCUCGGGGUUUCAUGUAUUAAUAUUGGAUGUUAUAAAGAAGCGGCAGAACAUUUAUUAAGUGGACUUUCCAUGCAUCAAGUUGAAGGAGUGGAUACUAAUGUUUCAACAUUGAAUCAUAAUCAAUCUACUUCGUUGACUGAAACUUUGAAGAGAGCUUUCAUUGCAAUGGAAAGAAGAGAUUUAUUGGAAUUGGUUAAACCUGGAAUGGAUUUAAAUCAAUUUAAAGGAGAAUUUAAUUUUUAA